AUGACCCCUACAUGCCCCGUACGAUACUUCACGACCCCUUACGACCCCGUCCGACUCUCUACGACCCGCUUACGACCCGCUUACGACGCCCUACGCGGGUCGUCAUUGCGCCGUCCACAGCGCUUUCAGGCCUCUCUCUCCUCCUCCAUCCUCCGCUUCCCCGCUCUCUCCCACUCUCGCUCAGGCUCUCCCGCCGUCUCCCCCGCCGCCGCCCUCGCCGUCUCUCCCGCCUGCUCUCUCGCCGUCUGCCCCCCUCUUUCCUGGUCCACCUCCCCGCGUUGUCGUUUCCGGUACCCUUCCGCCCCUGCGUGGUUCGGCUGUGCCGUUUCUUCCAUCCCUGCUUCUCAACCACCUUCUCUCCCCCCCAAAUCCCCUCUACCCCUCUUUGCUCUGUUCCCCGCUGUCGUCCGCUCCCGCGCGCGUCCGUCCAGGGUCCCACGCGCAUUGUUCCCUUUCCUCCACGUUAUCCCCCCCUCGCUCAGGCCCUCCUUUCCCCCUCCCCGGCGUACCCCCUUUCCUCCUUUCCCCCUCCCCGGCGUACCCCCUUUCCUCCUUUCCCCCCCCCCCCCCCGGCGUACCCCCUUUCCUCCUUUCCCCCUCUCCGGCGUACCCCCUUUCCUCCUUUCCGCCUUCCCGCAUUUCCCCAUCCGCGCACCACCCUGCGCGUCCAUGCCUCGCCGCGUCCUUCUCUUCCCGCCGAUCUCCCUCCCCAACCCUCUUUUUGAGCCUUACUGCGCGCCAAGCCCCUCAUAUUGCACCUCCCCUGCGCUGCCCUCCCUUUCCGCGCCCGCUUCCCCAACCCCUUCUCGUCGCUAUUCCACUCUCAACGCCCACGCCACUAGUGGGCGAGUUUAG